UUCAUUUUUUUUAGUAAUGCCCAUGUUGAGGGUUAGGUCCAAAAAAAAUGUAAAUUCGGAAACUGUAAUGGUCUGGCAAGUUUUGAAUUUGAGUUGGCAGCGAUAAAUAGUUGCGCAUAUAAAUUGCUUUGAUCCACAAUGGAUGCAUACAGAUCUUGUGUGAAAAAACAGCUCCAAAAAAAUCAAGGGGAGUAGUUAAAUUUGCUGUUUCACCUGAAUUCUGGGUUGGGCAAUGAAUGGGGGAAGUACGGGUGCUGCAGAAUUUGUGGGCUGCCAAUCAAAAGUUGCAAGCACAUCCGGGAGGAUACUAGGGGCUCUACGGGCCUGUGUGCAAAUUUUUGGUGGUUGCGGGACAAUACUUGUGCUUGCCACUGCACCAGCUUGUACUACACUUAUGGGACUCGCUACGUCACCAAGUGAUACUGCAGUGCUGGUAUGUGAAAAAGCAGGAUGUACU